AUGAGGAGGAGGGGGAGUUGUGCACUUCCAUACUGCUUUAUCGCGUACACGUAUCCGUACACGUAUUCUUCCCUCCGCACCCUACUCCGCAUAUCAGAUGCAAAUAUGUCUGGGUCUGGAAGGUUGCAAGUUGUCAUGCAGAUUUUCCAUGACCCAUGAGGUCUGGAAUGCCGGACCUAGCACGACAAACUCUGCGAGGUCUCUGUCAUGCCUAUCCUGCAUGAGAAGUUACUGCCUUCCGGACCCAGACAUAUUUGCAGUGCAUACCGCACGAUCCAAACCGACGAGCAGUACGCGGAGAAAGCGAAAUUGAUGCGGAGACGACCGUAUCCUGUGCAAAAGUAUCGUACCCGUGGUAGUAAUUGCGUUUAUGCAUUGCAAAUCUCCAUCUGAAGGUAAAACAGCAUGACAAACUCCAUAUGUCAUGCUGAGCUAAUUUGUAUUGCAAUUGCUACUACUACGAUACUUUUGCAGUUCAUAGACCGCUGUGCCAAACGCUCGGCCGGGCGGAGGUGGAUCUGUUGUCCAUCAGUAAUUGGACCGUCCCGAGAGAGGACAAACGGUACGUCGUCAUUUCCUCCCGCGUCCACCCGGGUGAGGCAAACGCGUCGUGUAUCCUGUGUAAAAACGUCCACACUUCUGCAUAGUUGUCAUGCAAAUCCGCCAUGACAGAAAGAUUUGUGAUGCCCAUCUCCAUGACAGGUAUUUCCAAUCGUCUUUUGACAUUUGUAAGGCUGUGAACAGGAUGAGAAAGCGGCUUUCUCAUGCGGCUUCCCUUGCUACUCAGCACUACACUGCAGGUGAAAACUUGUUAUGCGCAACUCCUAAAACUUGGAGAUUUGUGUUGCAGAUUUACCAACUUGACUAUGAAGUGGGGACGUUUUUUGUCAGGAUAUCGUGGUUGAUGCACGGGUUUCUGAACUUCAUCCUCUCCAACACCCCAGAAGCGCAGGUGCUGCGGUCGCACUUCAUCUUCAAAAUCGUGCCGAUGCUGAACCCCGAUGGGGUGAUUUCCGGGAACUACCGGUGCAGUCUCGCGGGUGUGGAUUUGAAUAGGCAGUGGCGGUUCCCGGACCCGGUUUUGGUAUGA